GUAAUAAAUUGCAACACUUUUUAUCUGACAUUGUGCAUUUUCUCCACUUUUAUCACGAUUUGUUUUUAAAUGCCAACAACUUUAUUAGUCAAAAUAUUGUUGGCCUAAAUUGUCAGUAUUCUGUUAUACAUCGGUUAGUGAGUUUGUUGUGAGUGGAGUGUGUCAGUAAUAAAGAAGAGAAUUAAGAGUUUAAGCACUUAAACAAAAAAAGAAUACUUGACAUUCUACACAAGGAAGUUUAUAAUAAAAUAUUUUAUAUAAAACAAGUCGAAUCCAGUAACAUAAAAGUAAUAAAUUUGUUAUAUGUAAAGUGUGUGUGAAUAACUUGAAAAAGUCAAUUUAAAAAUUAAUUAAUUUAAUUGAUUAAUAAAAAUUCUGUAAAACUUCAAAGUGGCUUUGCAUGUAUCUUAAACGCGAAGAUUUGUGCUAAUUAAUUAAUAUGAAAAUGUAUUGCACCACAGAAAAAACCUAAGAAAACGUCGCGGUCAGAACAUAUGGUGGAAUGUGAAUGCAAUAGCUGAGGUUAAAGGCUGUUGGAAUUCAAUGCAAAUUUAAUUUAUUCAUUUUAUUGAAUUUUAUAUUUAUAAACUGCCAAGUGUUCUCUCUAUUAAACUUUCUAUUACUAUUGCUAAUUAAAUACAUAUUUAAUGCGAAGUGUAACAGCAAAGUGUGUUUCUUAAUCAGGCGAACAAAGCAUACGAACACACAUGCAUACCAACAAAAGCAAUAACAACUGAUCGCUUUCUAAAAUUAAUAAAGUUAAGAAUGGAUAAACAAGUUUGUGUGCUGAGCAGAGCGAAGAAUGGCAAAUUACCGAUAUCUGACCGACACAAAGGAGAUAUCAAUCACUUCAAGCUCGUAGUUCAGCAGGCGGAAGUUCUGCAGAGCGGCUUGUAUGCCCUUCGUUCUAAUGAUCAAUUGUGCGAUAUAACUUUGGUGGUGGAAGGUCGCUCUUUUAAGGCACAUCGCGUAGUUCUAGCCGCUUGCAGCGACUACUUCCGUGCUAUGUUCACGGAUGCCAUGCUCGAAGCGCGACAAUCCAAAGUACAAAUACAUGGAAUUUCGGCUCGAGGUAUUGAAUUGCUGAUAAAUUUUAUUUACACAUCGAAUUUAGUGCUCGAUUACGAAAAUGUACAGGAUGUUCUUGCGGCAGCGAUAUUUGUGCAAAUGAAAGAUGUAAUCGAUGCCUGCUGCAAUUACCUCGAAUCUGACAUCGAUCUAGAGAACUCUGCUUGCAUAGCUUCUUUGGCUGAUAUAUAUUCAUUAGAUAAGCUUCAAAACAAGAUUUAUCGUUUUAUAUGUUCGAAUUUAAAUGAAUUCUCAGAACUCGAUGACUUUUAUCAAUUAAAAUUCGAACAAGUUAAAUAUAUUCUAUCGAGUAAUUAUCCUGUGAACUGCACCGAAAAACGCGUACUGAUGAUUAUUUUGGGAUAUUGCAGAAAAACAAAUCUGAACGCUGAACCUGCUGCGAGUCUGUUUUCUGAAAUACGCUUUAGCGAAGUAGGAGGCUGGGAUACUAUUAUUAAGCAAAUGAAAAUGUUAACAGAUAAUGAGAAAAGUGGGUUUUCCUUUAUGCAAGAUCAAUAUAUAAAGGCCAUGUUAGCAGAAUAUAAAGAACAGCAAACACAAGUAGCAAGUUUUGACAUCCCCAAUGAAGCUAUAGCCUCAGGAGUUUUACUGAAUUCACGGGGCUUGGAAUUGGCUUUGGUGAAAAUUGGUGGUUUUGAAACGCAUGGCAUAACGAACCAAAUUAAUUGGUACAAUCCAUCGACUCUCAAAUGGGAAGUUUUGACGGCCAUACCACAUAUUGAUCAAUGCAACUUUGGCACUGCUGUUUUAGGCAACGAAUUAUAUGUCGUUGGUGGAGCAUACGAUGUCAAUUUAAAAGAAUAUGUCCACCCUUUUGGUUUCCGUUAUUGUCCCACCAAAGAUGAAUGGAAUGCAAUUGCUCCAAUACAAAUCGAUCGGUGUCGGUUUUCAUUGAAUGCCAUAGGCAAUAGGUAUCUCUAUGCGGUUGGUGGCGUUUGUGAACCAAACGAUCACAAUAACCGUGAUGGUGUGUGGAAACCAAGUUGGCCAUUAUCAAACGUUGAACGUUAUGAUGCAGUAACUGAUACUUGGCAAUAUAUGCCAAUACUGGAAGAGAACAGGAGUCAGCACGCUGGUGUAGUUAUAGGAGAUCAAUUGUAUAUAUCAGGUGGAACUGAUCAGCACUUGGUGCUGAAAACAUUUUGGCGGUUCGAUAGUAACACGGAAAAAUGGCACAAAUUAGCACCAAUGUUAACACCACGAGCUGAUCAUGCCCUCAUUGCUUUAAAUGGUUUAAUUUAUGCUUGUGGUGGUUGGUAUGAAAAUCCAGAAACGGAAGCGAUAACACUUGCCGAAACAAUGGAUGUUUAUAACAUUGCUACCGACGAAUGGACGAUUGAGACGAAUAAUCCUACACUCAAGCAUCACAGCGGUAUUGCAGCCGUCCAACGUAAAAUCUAUUUCAUUGGCGGUUUGCUUUCGGAACCAAAAUUUAACCGUGCAACUUGCGGCGUUCAAUGUUACGAUUUGGAUACGAAAGAAUGGAGUUUUAAUAAACCAGAGAAAUUUCCAAAAGACGUUUGGGAAUGCGCUUGCGUUGCGUUAUAUGUACCAAGUGUGCGAAGUGAGGAAUGUUAGAAUUACAUUAAAAUCGAAAUGUGAAUUUAAAUAUAAAUUGAACUGAUGAACUUAACACUUAUUAGAUGAUUUUCUAAGGUAUUUUCAUAACCUUAAGUUUAGUCACAUCUAUAUGUAUCUAUGUAGCAGCUAUAUUCCUUUCACUGAUUAGAUAUAAUUUUUCAUAUAGUUUUUUAUAAUUUAACAUUUUGUGUUCAUUAUGCCGAAUCAAAAACACUACUUAAAAGAACUAGCCACUCUAAUAAAUAUAUUUUAAAACUAUAAGCGCUUGGUUGACAGUCGUAAUUUAAGUCUAAAUACUGACUUAAGUAUAGAUUAUGUCAGCAUAUAGUUGAUUUAUGUCAGUGUUGAGACUUAAGUUAAGAUUGUGAAAUCGGCGCCUAAUAUUUACUUUAUAAAAUCAAAAAUCUCAUAUGUGAAUUUAUGAAUCUUUUUAAAAAUAUUUUUUGUGUAUAUUUAUUUAUUUAGUUGUAUUAUUUAAUUUAGAUGUUAACUAAUUUUUAUUGCCAAUUAUUUAUUUUAAGCAAAUAUAUUCCUAUUUUAACAACAGGACUAUUUAGAGGAUUAUAAACAAAAAUAUUUCUGUAUUAUUUUUAUAUAGUUUAUAUAUGGAUACACACUAUAUACGCAAUAUUGUAUUUUUUAAGUUAAUUGUUUUUUUCUAUUUUGUAAUAAAUGUAUACCAUGCUU